UUUUUUAGCAUUAUAACUUUAUAACGCAACCUGUAGGUGAUCUGCUACCGAAAAAACAAUUUUAAACCCAUAAUAAAGCAAAUGUCACAGUGCUUCUUCAUUUUUGCGCUGCUGUCCAAAAAUACAGCCAUUCUCAUUAAUAGUGCGGUAAUAUAAGAAAAGGCGAGUAAUGUAUCGAUAACAGAUGAAGGGUGUUUGAUUUUUUUUUCAAUUAUAUGAUUCACUUAAACAAAGAAAACAAAUUAUUUUGUAUCAAAUAUCCUGAAUGUUAUUCAAUAUAUUAAUUUUUCUCGCUUGGUAUUUCGUUCUACUGUGUUUAUUUAUUGUAGUUCCAAUAUCUGGAAAAAGAAGAAGACAAUUUAAUUAUAAAACAGCUGAUUUGACCUGUUCAUCUGCUGUUCAUUAAUAAAUUAUUUUUUAAAUAUCAUUAAAAAUAUGUCGAAAGGCGCUGACGGUCCACCACAAAAUACUACUGAAGCCGCUGAUUCCAUUCUGAAAGACUCUUGGUCUAUUCGACCAUGUUCUGCGUAUAAAGACGAAUACGAUGACUGCACAAGUAUAAAGGCACGUUUUCAUCAGUAUUUUAUUUAUGGUGAAAGUGUUGAUUGUUCCCAGUGGAAGAAAGAUUACGAUAAUUGUGAGCGUUACGUAAAUUCCAAUGGAAACGAUGUAUCAGCCGGAGAAUCAGUAGUUCGUAGUGAAGCGCAGCGUCGACAAAAACGCAUGGAGGCAUAUUACGGUAAUAAUACAUGGAAAAAACGAGUUCAUCCUCCGGAAGACUGGUCAAAACCUUUACCAGACUGGCUGGCUAAGAAAAACGAGAAUACGUUUUUGGAGUUGAAACAAAUGGAAUCAGAUGGGCGCAAACCAGUUGAAGAGAUAGAGAAAUCCUAUUGUACUAUAAUGUAAAAAUAAUAAUUGGGCGCUUAUCAACGCAUUGAAUUGAUACGCGGGGCUUUUGUAGAGCUAGGAUCACAACGAAAGUUCUGUCAUAAUGUAGAUAGCCAGCGAAACUCAAAUGUUAACAGAUUUUAUUUGAAAAUAUAUAUACAUACAUAACAUUUAGCUGUGUAAAGCUUAUUGAAAGGUCAUAACAUAGUUUAAGUUUAAUUGUUACUUAUUAUUUAACAUUUUGUAACUUCUAAAUAAGCAUCAAAUAACAAAACACGGAUACGUUUGUAUAUACAUCUCCAUCAGUACUUAUAGAGCAUAUAGCCGUGAUUUGUGUUACACGUAUAUUUCUCAAGUUAUUUGCACAUAAAAAAGUGUUACGUUUUAAAAAAUGUUCAUGAAA